GUUCAACAAUGUCGAAAGUGGGAACUGAUAUGAUUGAUAAAACAAAAGAUGGAAGAACUUAAAAAGUUUAGUUUAUUCAUGCUUUCUUGUUUGUUAAAUCUGAAUUUCAGAAGACUCCUGACCGGCUGUAAGUCCACCCCAUUGUUUUUGUUAUCAGUAUGGGUUAUUUAAAGUCCUUAUUAUUCACUUUCCGCUAUGUCCCGCCUCUCAGCAGGGUUAACGUCCACAAGUCAAUAAGAGGAGUAUUACUGAUUAACCAGUGAACAUUAUGUUCAUGUGGGUUUCCUUGCAGAACUGGUUUUUAUACUGUCCUUGCUAAGCUUGGCUCUUCUGAGUGUGAUUUUAGAUUAGUGCAUUUCUAAUAACAGUCUGGUUCGAAAGCUCUUGAGAAACAAUGGAGCUGACAGCUAAAAGUCACUCUGUCACUAUGAAUAAUGGGUUGAAAAUCCCUCUUAUGGGGAUAGGAACUUAUGGAGACCCUCGGACGACUCCCAAAGGAACCGCAUAUAACGCAGUCAAGCUGGCCAUCGAGGUUGGAUACAGGCACAUCGAUGGAGCUUUGGUGUACUUCAAUGAGCACGAAGUUGGCCAAGCUAUCCGAGACAAAAUUGCUGAUGGAACCGUGAAAAGAGAGGACAUUUUCUAUUGCGGAAAGUUAUGGAACACGUUUCAUCCUCCUGAGCUUGUAAGACCAGCACUAGAGCGAACUCUCCAAACUCUGCAGUUGGACUACGUGGAUCUCUACAUCAUCGAACUCCCCAUAGCUUUUAAGCCAGGAGAUAUUUUCUAUCCAAAAGAUGAGAAUGGCAGGUGCAUUUACCAUUAUACAGACCUUUGUGCCACAUGGGAGGCAUUAGAAGCCUGUAAAGAUGCAGGGCUGGUAAAAUCUCUUGGAGUGUCGAACUUCAAUAAGCGGCAACUGGAGCUGAUCCUGAAUAAGCCAGGUCUAAAGUACAAACCCGUAUCGAAUCAGAUUGAAUGCCACCCUUACUUCAGUCAGCCUAAAAUGAUGGAAUUUUGUAAGCAGAAUGAAAUCAUCAUUGUUGGAUACAGUCCUCUCGGAACAUCCAGAGACCCAUCUUGGGUGAAUUUAAAGUGUCCCCCUUUGCUGGAGGAUGGGCUUCUGGUGUCCAUUGCUAAAAAGUAUAAGAAGACCACAGCACAGGUUGCGCUUCGAUUCAAUGUGCAGCGAGGUGUGGUGGUCAUUCCCAAGAGUUUCAGCCCAAAGCGCAUCAAGGAGAACUUUGAGAUAUUUGACUUCUCUUUGACUGACGAUGAAAUGAAAGCAAUUGAAGGCCUUAACAAGAACAUUCGCUUUGUGGAGCUUCUUAUGUGGAGUGAUCAUCCCGAAUAUCCAUUCCAUGAAGAAUAUUAAAGCAGUUUUAUAUGAGCAACACAAAUGAACAACAGUGUAUGAUAUGAAGGUGAUAUCUUUUGUUAACAAUUAUCAUCAUACUUGUAUUAUUUCAGUGUAACAUACAGUAUUUCUGUAAUAUUUAAGAGAAGAUGCACACAAAAAUUGAGCAAAUUCGCAAAAUCAUGGCCACAGCUCCAAACUUAACCUAUGCUCAUUUUAAGUUUAUAGGACAAUAACCAUGUGUUGUCAAAGGUUCUGGGGUUUGUUUCUCGAUUCCGGUUGAUUUUUGCGUAAAAAUCGAGAAUUUUGAUUUGGCCUGUCCGAGGCCUGAAAUUCAGGCAGAAUCCGACGGCCUAAUAAUAAAAUGGAGUGUUUGAUCAAAAUCAGUUUGUCUACCAUUAAAAUAACAUAUACCUCUUAUAAAACGGAUAUCUAGCACUUCAUCAAGGCCAAAUUUCUAGAUUAAAAUAAUCUCUGUGACAGUGAUUGAGAGCAUUCUUUUCUACCCAACUGGCAGCUCAGCGAUUUAGGGUUUAAGUUUAAACCGAAUUUUCGAAAAUGGCUCAUCCACCACAUGACUCCAAAUUCAAGUUUGCUGAUCUGUGGAUAUGAUAUAUUAACGCCAUGAAAAAAUUUGUCUGGAUAUUUUACAGAGCGGGCGGCACGGUGGUGUAGUGGUUAGCGCUGUCGCCUCACAGCAAGAAGGUCCUGGGUUUGAGCCCCGGGGCCGGCGAGGGCCUUUCUGUGUGGAGUUUGCAUGUUCUCCCCGUGUCCGCGUGGGUUUCCUC